CAGCAAUACAAAUCGUUAUACCCACCAUAAAGCAUCCAGCACAUCAUGAAACUCACCCCAAUCCUCCUCACAGCCCUUCUCCCCGCCACUAUCCUCGCCGCCCCCGAAGCAGAACCCGACCCCGUUGCGGACCCCGAGCCCGAGAUCGAGGCCCGUCAGGCCACUACAGGCUCAGUCUCCUGCUCGAUCUUCGGAAAAAUCGUCAGCAAGAAGCUCCCCGCGCCCUGCGCGGUCAACGGGCCUACCUUCGCCAAGAACACCAGGGUCACCUUCACGUGUCAGAUUCUGACGGACGAAACCUGGAUAAGAAUUGGACCCUUCGGAAGCGGAAGCUCCUGGGUUCGCCGGACUGAUCCCGCUGUGCAGCCGUGCGCUGGCUUCGCAUCUGUGAAACUGCCCAAGUGUUAAGAUUGGCUACGGAAUGGUUGGAUUCAUGCAGGACUGGCGGGUUCGGCUGUGGGGUUCUUUUGCGUGGAUUCUUUCUCUUUUGCCGUUUGCUUCUGCUUCUUUC